CGAUCAAGCUGAUUUCCAAAAUGGUUCCGAACGAGACAGCUCCGCUGUAUCACGAAGUUUCUCCUUUGACGAGGUUGAUGUUAAGAGCUUUUGCAGGAGCCACAGGACUGGUUGUAUUUAUUACACUGAUUUUGAGCUUUGUCAAAGCAGCAGAAGACUCCAUGAUGUAUCUUAUAGCUGUCAACAUGUUAAUUAGCAGUGUAAUUGGGGGAGUCAUUACAUGGUGGUAUCACAAAGGCACCAUAGAAGCCAAGAAAAUAGCAUUUAUGGUAUUUGUGGGCGUUUGCAUUGUUUUCCAAGCCAUCAUCUCUGAUGUCUAUGUUUAUAACAAGAAGACCGUCAUUGUGUCGCCUACAGUAUUAACGCCCACACCAACCACUCCGAUAAACGCCAGCAGUAUAGCCCCAUAAUGAUCAUAAGAUCAGAGAAAUACGAAAAACCAGAGAAUAGUAUUGCAUGUAUGCUGAGAUAUCAACCGUCGUUGAUCAAACGUAUGACAACUAUUGGAGUAUACAACCGAUGAAAAGACUGGAAAGCCUCUGAAUAUUCAGUGAUAUCCCACGAGUCCUGCAGCGAUAUUUUACGGAUAAUUUACAAUGUGUGUGCAUUAGGACGAGAGAAAAAUAAUAAUUAUACGAAAAAUUUUCGGGGGCCAGGUCACAGUAUUUUAGGUAAUUCUCUUUUUUUUUUUUUUUUUUUNCCAGUGGUGGCCCAGACACAACUGGUGGCCCAGACACAACCCCAUUUCAAUGAACGAUGAUUUUCGUGUAUUAUAACCUGGCAAAUUGACGUAAACUUGAAACAAAGUCGGAUCGUUGUUUUUCAAGUUUUACUCUUAUCUGUUUUAAUCUUCCCCAACUUUGCCCAUCCAUGCCCCCUUUUGGCCUUUCUCUGUUUCUUCUGAGUUUUAACCCGUUAUGUGUUAUUUCAGUUAAUUCUAUGACCUGUUAGACAGAGGUGAAAUUGUGUUAAGUUGGAUGUCCUAGCCCUUUAAUCGGGAGAGAAAUAUUUUGUUCGUGAUUUGAUUGUUCCUGGUAUGAGCUUGGUAUGAUUCAUAAUCAUUGAGCAAAAUACUCUCGGGUUUUCUCUUGAGCAACUCUUAAUUUAGCGUAUUACGCUGCGUAACCUUAAGACACUGACAAACACAUUUUAAAUCAAGUUUAGAUUAAGGACGCUUGCGUAGUCACUGUCUACCCUUCACAGCGGCACAUACCUGUAUAGCCCAUAUAUGGCAGUGCCCCCUCCCCCCCUCCCGGGUCUGCGAUGAGGAAAGUUACAUUCAGACUAAAGGUAACCGUUUAGCCAUUUACUAAGAUUGAUAAACAGAGGUAAUAAUAAACCAAGUGGAAACAAG